GAGAAGGCGGAGGAGAGCGUGAACCUUUUAAUGGUUAACAAAAACAAUAGAGCUGCCGUUCCUAGAGCAGAGGGACGAUUGCAAAAGAGGGACUUCCCUUUCCUGUCCGGUCUCUCCGGAAGAAAGGCGGCGAACGAGCACGGACCAGUGGCCUUUGGAGAGGUGUCCUUUCAUUUCACUGAGGAGGAGCGAGUCCUGCUGGAUCCAGGCCAGAGAGUUCUGUACAAGGAGGUCGUAUGGGAGAUUCAUGAGAUGGCAACCUCUCUGGGAGAUGUCCAGGGGAUCACAGUUAAGGGGAAACCAUCAGACAUGUUACUGGAAACAGCUGAGGAGCAGGAGAGGAAAUUGAGGAGUCAAGAUGGAGCAAAAAGACAAGAGGAGAGACAAAAGCAAAAGCCGGGGGAUGAAUCCAGUGUUUCUCAAGGUGGUGAAAACAAAAUUCAAGGUAGCAUUCAUUACCUAAAGCAAACAAGAAUGUCUCUUGAGUGCUGUAAAAACCUAAAUUGCCAGAACCCCCUGAGUACAUAUUGGAGAAGGCAUACAAGAAAGAAACCAUAUAAAUGCUUAAAAUGUGGGAAGGGAUUUUUUGAUAAAUUAACCCUUCUUAGACAUCAGACGGUUCACACAAGAAAGGAACCAAAUACAUCCUUAGGCUGUGGGGAAAGUAUCAGUCAGAGUGGAAGUCUUGCUUCCUGUGGGAAAAAAAUUAGGGGAGAGAAACGAUAUACAUUUUCCAAAGAUAGCAAGAGCUGUUCUAAGUCAGUGAUUGUCAGCCAUGAGAUAAUCCACACAGCAGGGAAAUCAUAUAAACGUAUGGACUGUGUCAAGAGUUUUAGACAGGUUAAUCACCUGGCUAGACAUCGGAGAAUUCACCUAGAGGAAAAUAGGAAAGUGCAUGCAGGGGACAAACCUUAUAAAUGCCUGGAGUGUGGAAAGAGCUUCCAUGGUAAUGGAGCCCUUAAUGUGCAUCAAAGAAUUCAUACAGGGGACAAGCCUUAUAAAUGCUUGGAGUGUGGAAAGAGCUUUACUCAGAAUGGAGCCCUUACUAUGCAUCAAAGAAUUCAUACAGGGGACAGACCUUAUCAGUGCUUGGAGUGUGGAAAGAGCUUUAGACAAAAUGGAGCCCUUACAGUACAUCAAAGAAUUCAUACAGGAAACAAACCUUACCAGUGCUUGGAGUGUGGAAAGAGCUUUAGUCGAAAUGGAUCCCUUACUGUGCAUCAAAGAAUUCAUACAGGGGACAAACCUUAUCAGUGCUUGGAGUGUGGAAAGACCUUUAGACAGAAUGGAGCCCUUAUGGUACAUCAAAGAACUCAUACAGGAAACAAACCUUGUAUAUGUUUGGAGUGCGGAAAAGGCUUCAGUCACAUUAGCAUCCUUAUUAACCAUCAAAGAACACAUACAGGGGACAGACCUUUUGAAUGCUUGGAGUGUGGAAAGACCUUCAGUCAUAGUAAUUCUCUUACUGCACAUCAAAGAACUCAUACAGGGGAUAAGCCUCAUAAAUGCUUGGAGUGUGGAAAGAGCUUCAGUGACAGUAGCGCCCUUACUAAACAUCAAAGAACUCAUACAGGGGAGAAACCAUAUAAAUGCUUGGAGUGUGGAAAGAGCUUCAGUUGGAGUACCUCUGCUACUAUACAUCAAAGAACUCAUACAGGGGAGAAACCUUACAAAUGCUUGGAGUGUGGAAAGAGCUGCAGUACGAGUAGCGCAGUUUCUAAGCAUCAAAGAACUCAUACAGGGGAGAAACCAUAUAAAUGCUUGGAGUGUGGAAAGAGCUUCAGUUGGAGUACCUCUGCUACUGUACAUCAAAGAACUCAUACAGGGGAGAAACCUUACAAAUGUUUGGACUGUGGGAAGAGCUGCAGUACGAGUGCCGCCCUAACUGUGCAUCAAAGAACUCAUACAGGGGACAAACCUUGUAAGUGCUUGGAGUGUGGAAAGAACUUCAGUCAUCACCACCACCUAAUUACCAGCACCUAAUUACUAAUUACUCACAUCUAAUUACUCAUAUAGGGGAUAAACCUUAUUAAUGCAUGGAAUGUGGAGAGAGUUUCAGUCAGCAGGGCCACCUUUUCGGACAUCAAAGGAUCCAUACAGGUGGAAAGCCUUAUAAUGUCUGUACUGUGGAAAGAGCUUUAGUCAGUGUCGCACCCAUGCUACUCAUAAAAAACGCACACUGGGGAAAAACCAUAUAGCUGUCCAGAGUAUGGAAGGAGUUUCAUUUAGCAUACCUGCUGUAUUUUGCAUUAAAUAAUUCAUAGGAGGAAACGGCUUAACAUUCUUCAUUCACAUUGAAGGAUUAUUAAAAGGGAGAAACCAUAAAAUACUGAAGUAGUAGAAAGAGCGUCAGUCAUAGACACUACUUUAGAUAAGCAUCAAUACCUCUGUAUGAAGAAGAGGCAUAAUAGUUAAUGUUCAAAUUGGUGAAAACUUUGGCCAUUCACCUCUCAUUACGCCUCCCGUAUAUAAAAGAUGCCUCUAGUAGAUAUCAGUUUAAGGAAUCAUUAAAAGGUUUGGUUUCUUGGGAAAGCUGCAGUGACGCUUGUUACUAUGCUCAGUUUUGGGGGUCAAUUUGUGUGCAUAGUGAAGGUGAAGUGGAAUGAAAGAGAUGUGGAGUGGAAUGGAUAAAAAAAAUGGUCAAGAAAUUUAUGGCUAAUGUGGGCCUGAAUACCUGCAUUGAGGGCAGAAAUGUUUUCCUUCCUGUAUUGUGAGAAGCAGAAAUGCUGACAAGGGGACCUUUGUGAGUCCCCCUGUACCCUCAGAAGGCUUAGGAUCAUCAACUAGGAGACGAUGCACUGACUAGGAGGGAACUCAGUCAUACCAGGCUAGAUGACAGAAAAACAAGACAAACUUGUUUGUCGUUAAGACCAAUAGGAAACAAAGACUUUAAUUUGUGGUUCCAAAAUGCUUCUCUCUUAAGCAAUAAAUGAAGUGGAUUGGACAUAUUCCAAUGCAAAAAAUCUUAAUGGAAUGGUGAUAUUGAAUAAAACGCAUGGUGAGAAGAGUUUCCGUAAUCUGGGUGCAAAUUUUGCUUUUAUGCAAAUGAGUUUUAUAAUGAGUUGGCACUUGCUGACAUUUUCAACUAAUCCAUCUUUGGAAAUAGGUAGAUUCUUUGCUAUAGCAUUUACAUUGUGGCAGGGAGUUCCAUUUGCAUUAUGUCAAUGAGUUUCCUCAAGCUGACAUUUGCUAGCCGAUACUGUGACAGCCUCCCCAUUUUAGGUAGAAUUUGCUGAUUCAGGGACUGAAAAUUGAAAUGGCUUUUUCUUUCAUAAUUCCCUUUUCCAACUCCCACAAACAAUUUUUUCCAUCUCCUGAAAUUUGUUCUCUAGUUUGUCUUUCAUACUCAGAUUGUAGCUUAUUCUCUCCCGUUCCCCACAACUUUCAUCCUUCCUACUUGGUUUUUUACAUUCACUUCUUCAUCCUAUAACAACUUUUCCCUUUGGGCAGAAGGGGAGAGUGCUCUUGCACUCAGGUCCUGCUUGCAGGCUUCCCAUGGGCAUCUGGUUGGCCACUGUGAGAACAGGAUGCUGGACUGGAAGGACCACUGGCCUGAUCCAGCAGGCUUUCUUACGUUCUUAUGUAAUACUUGGUCAUCCUUCCCAAGAGAUACAUACAGCUGUUUUCAUUUAGGUUUUUCAAAAGGCAUAGUAGUUAAGAGUGUUGGACUAUGACCUGGGAGACCAGGGUUCGAAUCCCCACACAGCCAUGAAGCUCACUGGGUGACCUUGGGCCAGUCACUGUCUCUCAGCCUCAGAGGAAGGCAAUGGUCAACCCCCUGUGAAUACCGCUUACCAUGGAAACCCUAUCCAUAGGGUCGCCAUAAGUCAAGAUCGAAUGAAGGCAGUCCACUUCCUUCAUUAUUUAUUUAUUUUAUUUAUUAGUAGCUUCAUAAAAAUGAACCCAAAGUUAUGUACAUUAGAAGAGUAAAACCAAUCUAAAACUAACAGAGAUAAGAAAAAAACGUAUUCACAACACAUGAAUAAUAUUUAUCUUUUCAGUGCCGGGUCAAGACUUUUCUCCCAGGCAUUUUAGCAUGUGUUUUAAAUGGUUUUACAUUUUUUAAUUGUGUUUUAAAUCGUUUUUAAAAGAUGUGUUUUUAAAUGUGUAUAUUUGUUUUAAUGUUUUUAAUUACUGUAAACCGCCCAGAGAGCUUCGGCUAUGGGGUGGUAUAUAAGUACAAUAAAUAAAUAAGAUGGUAGAACAACCCACCCCCUAAGAGAGGUUGCAAUGUCAAAAAGCCUCCAGAAAUUGAGAGCCAAAUGCUUGGGAGGAAAGGAAUAUGUUUGCCCGGCACCUAAAGAUAGAUAAUGACGGCGCCAGUCAUGCCUUUCUGGAGAGAGCAUUCCAUAAGGGGGGGGGCACCACUGAGAAGGGCCGUGCUCGUGUCGCCACCCUCCGCACCUCCCUUGGCGGAGGCACACAAAGAAAGGCCUCAGAUGCUGAAAGCAGGGUCCAGGUUGGUGCAUAUGGGAGGAGGCGGUCCUUCAGGUAUUGGAGUCCUGAGCUGUAUAAGGUUUUAUAGGUCAAAACCAGCACUUAGAGCCCAUAAAGCUAGUUGGUAGCCAGUGCAGUUGUGCCAGAAUUGGUGUUUUGUGCUCAGACUGUCUUGCCCUGGUGAGCAGUGUGGCUGCUGAAUUCAUCACCAGCUGCAAUUUCUGAACUGUCUUCAAAAGCAGCUCCAUGUUGCAGUAAUCUAGCCUACAAGUUACCACAGCGUAGACAACAAGACAUCAGGCGAUCCCUGUCCAGAUAGGGUCGUAGCUGGGUCACCAUCUGGUGGAAGGCACUCCUUGCCACUGAGCCAACUGAGCCUCAAGUGACAGUAAUGGGUCCAGAAGGACCCCCAAGCUAUGCACCUGCUCCUUCAGAGGAAGUAUAACCCCAUCAAGAGCAGGCCACAUCCCCAACAUCCAUUCUUGGGAACCACCCACUAACAGCACUUCAGUCUUGUGUGGAUUGAGCUUCAGUUUAUUGGUUCUCAUCCAGUCCAUUAGCAAUUUUAUUUAUUGAAUUUAUUAGUCUCCCAUCUGGCUGGCUGUCCAGCCACUCUGGGCGACGUACAACAUAGGCAUACAAUACAUAGACAUUAAAAAUCUAAAAACAAUGAAGAUAAAAUCUAGCCCACCCCAAAAGCCUGACUGAAGAGGCAGGUCUUCAAGGCCCGGCGGAAGCUCAUCAUAGAAGGGGCAUGGUGGAGAUCAUUUGGGAGGGAGUUCCACAGGGUGGGGGCCACAAUUGAAAAAGCCCCCUCUCUAGUCCUCACCAGUUUGGCUGUUUUGACUGAUGGGACGGAGAGGUCCUUUGAGGCUGAUCUUGUUGGGCGGCAUAGCUGAUGAUGCUGGAGGUGCUCUUUUAGAUAGGCAGGACCAAAGCCAUAUAGGGAUGUAAAGGUGAAAACCAACAGCUUGAAUUGGGCCCAGUAAGCAACUGGUAACCAGUGCAACUCUUUUAGCACUGGAGUGAUAUGAUCUCGCCGGUGGCUGCCUUUAAUCAGGCGGGGCGCUGCGUUCUGUACCAGUUGCAGCUUCUGGACUGUUUUCAAGGGUAGCUCCACGUAGAGCGCAUUACAGUAGUCUAGGCGAGAGGAGACCAGGGCAUAUACCACCGAUGGGAGCAGAUGAUUGGGAAGGUAGGAGCGUAGCCUCCGUAUCAGAUGGAGUUGAUACAGCGCUGCCCGGCUCACAGCCGAAACCUGAGCUUCCAUGGACAGCUGGGAGUCAAGAAUGACCCCGAGGCUACGGACCUGGUCUUUCAGGGGCAAUUGUACCCCAUUGAGCACCAGGUCUAAGUCCCCUAACCUUCCCUUGUCUCCCACGAACAGUACCUCAGUUUUGUCAGGGUUCAGCUUGUUCCUUCCCAUCCAGCCACUCACUGAUUCCAGGCACUUGGAUAGGGUUUCUACAGCCAACCUCAGCAAGGCAAGAUAUCAGUCUAGCACUUCUGAAUCUGAAAAUGGAUAAUCAAUGGGGAUCCCACUCUAUUAUUGCGAAUGUUACUGAGGUGCUCUCUAAUACGUUGUUUGAGCGGUCUCUUUGUUUGACCGAUACAUAGUUUCUUACAGGGACACUCAAUUGCUUCACCAUAGAGGGACUGCUGCAUGUGGAGAAAUGGCACAGGAAGUAGCCCUAUUGUCCAGUGGGUUGGAAAAGGAUAAGCACUGGGGGGGGGUAUUAGCAAAAAAAAGCAAUGGCUGCAUCGAUGGUGUCCCAACGGACUGAGAAGAGCCUGAGGGAAGGUUGGUGUUACUGUGGACAAGCCAGUCUCUCAGGUUUUUCGUGCAUUUGAGAGAAAAACGGGGUGACUUCCUGCACUCGGAUGACAUCCAACAAGUGCCAGUAUUUCCUGAUGCUCUUACAUUUCUAUUAACUUGAUCGUAUGGUAAGCAGUACACCAAUCUAUCUCCCGUGGACCAGGAUUUGGGGGUCAAAUUGGUCAAGAAAUUUAAGAGUAAUGUGGGCCCAAAUACCUGCAUUGAGGGUAGAAAUGUUUUUCUUUCUGCAGUGUGAGAAGCAGAAAUGCUGACAAGGAGACCUUUGUGAGCCUCCCAAUUCUUAAAUAGUAGUACUUGCCAUGUUCUUAUAAAACGUUCUUACAGCUUCGCUUCAUUAUAUUUUUGCUUUCACUCCAGGUUCUUCUACUAGAUUUUUGGUUGUUCUGGGGCCUUUGCAACCCGGCUUUUGCAUUCUCUUUCAGAGGAGAAGGGAUUUCUUGGCGUGAACCUGGCCCUUCUUCAGUUUUGAGACUGUGGACAGUCUAAGUCAGUCCUUUGGGGCUGGAGCUUUGGCUCAUAAAACCUUGGAGCAGAUACUGAUUUUCUAGUGUUCUAAUACACAUGUUUCUUGUUUUAAUAUCAUUUCUUAAUCCCAGGUGAGGUUUCUAUUUUGUUCUUCUAUCUUUUCCAACCUUUCCCCUUCAUCUCUGUUUUUCUGGAUCCAAUCCAUAGGACCCUACAUUCAGCUGGGUCCUUUGAAUGCCUCCUUGCAUAGGUAGCUAUCCUAUCUGUUCUCUUUUCUUAAUCGUGAGAAUGAACACUUAUAUGGCUGAUACAUAGUAAAGAGGUAAACGAAAGUAGAAUUGCCUAAUAGUUGAAAUUAUUACUAGCUUUGUAUGCCAUAAGAAUUGUUUGUAAGCGUUAAGUUGCACACUGUUCUUCUGAGCAGAGAAGUUUAUAUAUCCAUUUUGUUUUUCCAGUAAUCAUUAUUUGCAGCUACUGAUCCUUAUUUCUCCCUUUCCCAAGGUUUGAUAACGUGCUGUGACUUUCUUUUUGAUAUUAACAUGCUGCUAUUUUUCAUUGACUGAAAUGCAUUUGCUGGUAUU